AUGGCGUCUGCUGAUCUGAGACAGGAGCUGGACUGUUCCAUCUGUCUGAACACUUAUACGGAUCCUGUAAACCUGAGAUGUGGACACAAUUUCUGCCGGGUCUGUAUUGAUUGUGUGUUGGAUACACAGGACGGGUCUGGAGGUUAUUCCUGUCCUGAGUGCAGAGAAGAGUUUCAGGAUCGGCCUGUACUGCACAGGAACAUAACACUGAGUAACAUAGCAGAGAAUUUCCGGAAGUCACCAGAACACGUCUUAACUGAACCCACCACUUCCAUGGAGAACAGAAAAUGCUCCGUCCAUAGAGAACUACUUAAAUAUUACUGCAUUGCAGAUGCUGCCUGUAUCUGUGUGUCCUGCAGUUUGGCUGGAGAACACCAGGGACACAAGGUGGAGACUCUGGAUGAGGCCUCUGAGAAGAAGAAACAGAAACUGAGAACUGGUCUUCAGAAACUGAUCACGGAAAGAGAGGAGACUGAGAAAAGAGUCCAGAGUCUGCAGGAACGCAGGGGAAAAGUACAAGAAAAAUCAGCCGGUGUAACAGAGAGAGUCACUGCCCUGUUCAGAGACCUCAGGAGACAUCUGGAAGACCUGGAGAAGAGAGUCCUGAGGGAGAUCUCCAGGCAGGAAGAGCGGCUCUCACGUCCAUUGUCUGACCUGAUCCAGAAGCUGGAAAUAAAGAAGGCCGAGCUGUCCAGGAAGAUGGAUCACAUUGAGGAGAUGUGUAACAUGACUGACCCACUGACUGUCUUACAGGAAUCAGACACAGGGGACUUGUGUGAUACUGAGGAGGGAGAUGAUGAGGACAGAGAGAGACAUGAUAAACUCCUCCAUGAUGGGGGGGAUCUGGAUGUGGCUGGAAUCUCACACACAUUACACUCGGGGUUAUCUGAUAUGAUGAAAGGGGUAAAUGUCUGCUUCAAUAUACAGGAAGCGUCAGAUAUAGUACUGGAUGUAAACACAGCUCAUAAUAAUCUACAGAUAUCAGAGGACAUGAAAACUGUAUCCAGGUCAGAUAUAGAGCAGAAUCGUCCAGAAACACCAGAGAGAUUUCAGUACUGGUUCCAGGUAUUAAGCAGUCAGAGUUUCUCCUCAGGGCGACAUUACUGGGAAGUAAAUAUCAGUGAAUCAGAAAAUUGCAGAGUCGGGAUGUGUUAUCCCAGUAUAGAGAGGGGAGGAGACCAGUCAUGUAUUGGAAAGAAUAACAAGUCCUGGGGUUUGCGCAGGUAUGACAGGGGGUGUUAUCUAUUUCAUGACAAUAUACAGGUCCACAUACCUCACAAUAACCACAUUGACAGAGUCAGGAUCUAUCUGGAUUAUGAGGCCGGACAGCUGUCCUUUUAUGAUCUGUGUGACCCGAUCCAACACUUACACACCUUCACCACCACCUUCACUGAGCCUCUUCAUGCUGUGUUAUGUGUGGAGAAAGGUCAUAUAAAGUUAUCUGGGGGUGUCAGUAGAUGUGGUGGUGGUGGGUGCAGCCAUUUUUCCAGCGUCCCCUAUGAUGAAUCCUUCAGCCGCCUCCUUGUGUCUUCUCUUCAGUUCCCGCACUCCAGUAGUCUCCAGCCGGCCAAUUGUGAUCCUGCAGUCUUCCUCCUAUAG